CCUUAGCAGUCAGCUGCUGCAGUGGAGAGAGCUAACGGGAGAGGAAAAGGGAGGGAGGGGGGAGGAAGAGAGAGAGAGAGAUAGGAGGAGGAGGACUACACACACACACACACAUACAGCCACGCUUGUGUCCUCCCUGGUAAACAUGGCAGCGGUAGCAGCGAGCAGUGCGUAGUGAAGCCUUUAGCCUAGCUUUAGCCUCGGCUUCUCAGCUGUCAACAUGGAGGAGGAGGACGCUGCAGCCGACCCCUAUCUGCCCUACGACGGGGGAGGGGACACCAUCCCCUUGCAGGAGAUCCCUAAAAGAGGGUCUAAUUACGUCAUGUCUAACGGGGGCGGGGCACCCAGCACCACCACCCACCUGUUGGACUUCCUAGAGGAGCCCAUCCCUGGUGUGGGGACCUACGAUGACUUCCACACCAUCGACUGGGUCCGCGAGAAGUGCAAGGACCGCGAGAGACACCGGAAGAUAAACAGUAAGAAGAAGGAGUCAGCAUGGGAGUUCACCAAGAGCCUGUACGAUGCCUGGUCUGGAUGGCUGGUGGUGACGCUCACUGGCUUGGCCUCAGGUGCUUUGGCUGGCCUGAUUGACAUUGCUGCUGAUUGGAUGAACGACCUGAAGGAGGGCGUGUGUCUGAGCGCCAUGUGGUUCAACCACGAGCAGUGCUGCUGGACGUCCAAUGAGACCACCUUUGCUGAGAGGGACAAGUGUCCUCAGUGGAAGAGCUGGGCUGAGCUAAUACUUGGGCAGGCGGAGGGUCCGGGCUCGUACAUUAUGAACUACUUCAUGUACAUCUACUGGGCUCUGUCCUUCGCCUUCCUGGCUGUCUGUCUGGUCAAGGUGUUUGCGCCCUACGCCUGCGGCUCAGGGAUCCCUGAGAUCAAGACCAUCCUGAGUGGGUUUAUCAUCCGUGGCUAUCUGGGCAAGUGGACACUAAUGAUUAAAACCAUCACUCUGGUGCUGGCUGUGGCGUCCGGCCUCAGCCUGGGGAAGGAGGGCCCCCUGGUCCAUGUGGCCUGCUGCUGUGGGAAUAUCUUCUCCUACCUCUUCCCCAAAUACAGCAAGAACGAGGCCAAGAAACGAGAGGUCCUCUCUGCUGCGUCGGCAGCUGGGGUGUCCGUGGCUUUUGGAGCACCAAUCGGAGGAGUUCUCUUCAGUUUGGAGGAGGUGAGUUACUACUUCCCUCUAAAGACGCUGUGGCGCUCCUUCUUCGCUGCCCUGGUGGCGGCCUUCGUGCUGCGCUCCAUUAACCCGUUUGGUAACAGCCGUCUGGUGCUGUUCUACGUGGAGUACCACACGCCAUGGUACCUGUUUGAGCUCAUACCUUUCAUCCUUCUGGGAGUGUUCGGGGGCCUCUGGGGCGCCUUCUUCAUCCGAGCCAACAUUGCAUGGUGCAGACGGCGCAAGUCGACCCGCUUCGGAAAGUACCCGGUUUUGGAGGUGAUCCUGGUGGCGGCCAUCACAGCUGUAGUUGCUUUCCCAAAUCCAUACACACGUCAGAACACCAGUGAGCUGAUAAAGGAGCUGUUCACUGACUGCGGCCCGCUGGAGUCCUCACAGCUCUGUCAGUACCGCAGCCAGAUGAACGGCAGUAAGGCCUUCACUGACAACCCCAACCGACCAGCAGGGUCCGGCGUCUACGCCGCCAUGUGGCAGCUCUGCCUGGCGCUCAUCUUUAAAAUCAUCAUGACCAUAUUCACCUUUGGACUGAAGGUACCAUCAGGCUUGUUCAUCCCCAGCAUGGCCAUCGGGGCGAUCGCAGGGCGAAUCGUUGGCAUUGCUGUGGAGCAGCUGGCCUAUUACCACCAUGACUGGUUCCUGUUCAAAGAGUGGUGCGAGGUGGGAGCUGACUGCAUCACUCCAGGGCUCUACGCUAUGGUGGGGGCCGCAGCAUGUCUGGGUGGUGUGACCCGUAUGACCGUCUCCCUGGUCGUCAUAGUCUUCGAGCUGACUGGGGGGUUGGAGUACAUCGUCCCCCUCAUGGCUGCCGUCAUGACCAGCAAAUGGGUGGGAGACGCCUUUGGCCGUGCGGGAAUCUACGAAUCCCACAUCCGUCUCAACGGAUACCCCUUCCUGGACGCCAAGGAGGAGUUCACACAUACUACGCUGGCCAGAGAUGUGAUGAGGCCACGACGCAGCGACCCACCGUUAGCGGUGCUGACGCAGGAUGACCUGAGUGUGGAGGAGCUGCAGAGCGUCAUCAAUGAAACCAGUUAUAAUGGUUUCCCUGUGAUAGUGUCCAAGGAGUCCCAGAGACUGGUGGGCUUCGCUCUGCGCAGGGACAUCACUAUCGCUAUAGAAAAUGCCCGUCGUAAGCAGGAGGGCAUCAUGUUGAACUCCAGGGUUUACUUCACCCAGCAUGCACCCACCCUACCCGCUGACAGCCCUCGUCCCCUCAAGCUGCGCUCCAUCCUGGACAUGAGCCCCUUCACCGUCACCGACCACACCCCCAUGGAGAUCGUGGUGGACAUCUUCAGAAAGCUUGGGCUGCGCCAGUGCUUGGUCACUCACAACGGGAUUGUGUUGGGCAUCAUCACAAAGAAGAAUAUAUUAGAGCAUCUGGAGGAGCUCAAGCAGCACACGGAGCCCCUGGCGACUUCUUGGUAUUAUCACAAAAAAAGAUAUCCUUCGUCACAUGGCUCAAAUGGCAGACCAAGAUCCCGAGUCCAUCAUGUUCAACUGAUCCGCUCCUUCCAGGACGGCUGGGCGGGAGGGGGAGACGACAGCGAGGAGGAGGAGGAAGAGGUGGAGGAAGAGGGAGUGCGCCUCCUGAACGGCUCCAAUCUCUGACACACGGACCUUGUUUUCUUUUUAGUUUUUCAGCUUUGUAGACCCCUGAACCUCGCUGACUGACCGUGGCCCCCCCCCAAAAAAGACUAAACCGGGCCAUGAGAGGGGGAAAAAAAGACUUGAUUAUCGUUCUGGCUGCUGAGGACACACGAGGAGGUCUCGGGUCAAAGGCACACACACAUGAGGAAUGCACUUUUUACACACACACACACUUUUUGCACUUGCACACACCCCUCCCCCCGAAACAGACAUGCAUGCUCUGGCUUGUCCGCACACACACACACACACACACACACACACACACACACACACAACCUGUAAAGAUACACUCAUUUGCACUCUUCAUGUGCCUCACCCCUUGUCCCGUCGCCGCUGAGGUCGUUGUGGUGGUGAAGGACGUUGUUGCCUGGCUGGGGUCAAAGGUCAGAAUGAAACGCUGAUGAGGGAUGCGAUGAGGGACCUUGAAAUCCUCCAGGCUCCUGUUUUUGAAAAAAGAAACUCACCCCCCCCCACACCCAUACUCCCCGCACACACAGCAGACCUGUCCGUCCUCCCAGAUUUAAGCAUUGUUUACCUGUGUGUGUGUGAGAACGUGUGCGUCUCUAGCGCUACUACAUUCCGGCCAGGUUACCACGGGAACGGAGAGGAACGCGCCACCUGCUCCACACCCCCGACACGUGGCUGCAUCUCACGAUCGGCAGACACGGCUGCUCCCCCUCCCCCCUCCGAGUGCACGUUGGGUUUGGAUGAGACGGCUUUAACGUGUGUAUGUGUAUGUGCGUGUGUGUAUGUACGUGUACGAGACAGACGGGUACUGUAUUUCAAGAACAAACGAAGUUCCCUUUCAGAAGGAAAAAAAAGUGAAAAAGUGAAGACCUUUUUGUGAGUGCGUGCUUUCACUUCUGAGCCAGCUUGAGCUGUGUGUGUGUGCGUGUGUGUAAGUGCGCGCGCGUGCGUGCGUUUGUGUGUGUGUUUGUCAGACGAGGACACACACCUAUCAACUCCCGUCCUGUUCAUUCAUUCAGCGUGAAAGUGGGAGAAGUUAAAAAAGAAAAAGAAAGAGAAAAAAAAAAAAAAGGAAAAAGUGUCCAGGCUGAGUUCUUCUGUGUACUCUGUUACAAGUUAAAACAAAUCCUUUUUCUUCUCAAACUAUUACUCUUGCUACUUUUAGACUAUUGAUCUUGCUAUAAUCAAUUAACUUUUUAUAUGGCUUGAAACAAAAAACAUAAAACUGGAAAUCUGCACUGUUUUAAGAGAAUCCGUUAAAAUAAUUGCUGAGGAGAUGAAAGAUGGUGACGAUGCUACAACUUGACUUCUUUUCUUUUUUUUUGUGAAAUCUGUCCACGUCUGAGGGAAAUAACGUCUUAUAUUUUCCAGAAAAACCCCAAAAAACAAACUGCUGGUUGUUGGAUUUGAUAUUUUUUUCUCAGUUUAUUAUCAGAGGAGAGACUUCCUUCCUCUCUUUAAACCCUGACAGAUAUUAUUUUAACACUCCAUCCAUCUUUGGAAGCAUUAAUCUGAUUUACACACAAAUGCAGUUUUCCACCCGAGUCGAGACACUGAAAAAAAAGAUUUUCCAUAUUUACGCCCUCGUUAACAUCACGCUUUGAUUGAUGAGCGCUUUCCAGCAGUUGACAGUGUUUGAUUGAACCUGCAGGAUGGGUGAGAGAUGAAGUGUUGGGUGUUUGUAAAAUGAUACAAACAAAAAUGUGUCAUUACAAAUAUUUUAAUCUGUUAAGGUUCAAAACCGCACUAUUAUUUUAAUGAUCGAUUGAGUUUCAUGAUUAAAAAGGCGAUAUCUUUAAAUCUCCUGUUCUGUCCAGCUAACCGUCCAAAAGUCAAAUUUUAGAAGCUGGAACCAGCAAGUUAAAGAACUUAAACUUGAUCUUUAUUCCACACAUGACACUAACUUACAAAUGAAAACCCAGCAUGCCCAUUGAUCAAUAAAUAAAUAGAUAAAAUAUGGUUGUAUCACUCAGUGGUUCCUUACUUUUCUGUCUCGUGUUCCCUUUUGGCCUUUAAUCACAGGUUACAUUUUCUACAAUUAGUAUUUCUCAAGAAAAUUCAGAAUAAAUUGAGUUUUAUGUAACAGAUCUGAUUUUUUCCCCCCCCCCAUUUUCUGUCUUGUUAAUGAUCUCGUGACCACUCAGUUUUUAUCUUUUGACCUCUGGGGAUGCAGCGGUUCUCAUCAUUUUUGGCUCGUGGCUGCUUAAAAUGAAGCAGCAUCUACAGGUUCUGACCAUCGGCUGUGAGCAGAUUUGCUUCUAUUCAAAGUGUUUUUAGAGGUGAAAAUAUCUAAGAAAAUGUUGCCAAGAAAAACUGGAGAAUUAGGGAGAAGUUGGAAAUAGUAAUUAAUCAUCUUGUGACCCCCUCCGAUUUAUUUUGGGACUCCAUACUGUUUUAAUUCGUUGCAAAUUAAAGAGCAGGGUGGCUUAGUGGUGAUAUUGGAGUUUUAUUUAUGAUUUUGGUGCCAAUAUAUUGAAGUAACUUGAUCUGUAAACUGUUUAAUUCACUGCGUUAGCCAGAAACAGACCAACUCCAUCUGGUUAUUUUAUCCACAAACAGUUUCUCAAAUGAUUUUUUCAGAGAAUUUACUAUAUAACUCACCGUAUAUUGUCUACAAAUACCCUUAAUUAGAAAGAUUUUUAAAAAGCCUGAACCAUUUCACAAGAGAAAAGCAUACACUAGAGGAAAGUAGGGGGAAGAAAUGUGUGUUUACUUUAAUUUUAACCCCUUCAAUCUUUCUUAAAAUAUCUUUAGUUCCCCAAACAGGAGGUCAGGAACCACUGGCAUAGAAGGAAUUUAAUUACAUUUAUUUGGCAUUAAGAGCAAAAGGACAUUAAAUCACACACUACAACAAAUAACAUUAAAUACUUGACUUAUUUCCAUUGUGCUUCUUGAUUUAAAGAAGGCAGAGAUCCCUCUGUCGAGGUGGCACCAACAAAAUCACUUUAAUUCAAACAUUGAAAAGAUAAAUUACACUCAGAUUACUUAAAUUCCAAAUUUAGUUAAAGCCAGAAUUUGACCCUCUUCUUUUGGUCGAUACUUUAAUCUGCACAGUACCUAAAGGAACAGACACUAAUGUUAAUACUGAGAUCAAUGUAAAAACAAACAUCUAGCUGCAUCUGCUUCUGGUUCCAGCAACUUUUGCUCUUGCGUGUCCAAUCUCGCCAAGUGCCUGGCAAAGUUAUUAUUAUUUUUUUUUAGGCUUUGCACGCUCCGUCUUUUCAUUCCACAGCCAGGAAAAAACACACCUGCCGCUCCCAUUUUAUCACCUUCAGAGCACGUCAGGUGAUGUGUUAUAAAACUGUCAAAGGAGAAGAUGAUGAUGGAGGGAAGAAAUGAAGUGACGGUGGAGACGGUGGAGCAAAGAGAGACAAACAGUAGCACCUUACCUGUAGAGUGGUGGCAGAUGGAUGUGUGUGUGUGUGCGUGAGAGGAAGGUUGGGUUCAUCCUGUGUUUCCAUUGCAGUGACUGUCCCGCUGUGGGCCGACGGGGAGAAGAGCAUCGUUUUUGUUAACCAGUGGUGUUGCCUAACGUAUUUCAUACUGAUCUCGAUGUUUUUUCCUUUUUUUUUUUUUUUUAAGUUAUGGGUAGUGUCGAUAGAGUUGUGCAUUAUUAUUAUUAUUAUGAAGAAGAAGAAUUUUACGUAUGAUUACAUUGAUUGUUUGAUUGUACAUUUAAAACAAAAUAUGUAAAGAUUAAAAUUUUGUUUUAAAUUAAAAAGAUAAAAGAAGUU